UGUGUGUGGGGGGGGAGAGCUCACAAUAUGAACAUUAUUAUGGUGAGGUGGGUAAGGUCAGCUGUUGCGGAUCGGAGAGCUCCCCCAGGUCCACAAGCACAGCCAGAACCCCAGAUUUUACCGUCUUAGCCAAAAUAGUAGGCUUGCUGAACCUGCCUCCACAUUCCAGAGCAGCACAACCUGUUCUGUACUGAGGAUGAGGCCCAGAGGGGGGUGGAUGACUUCAUAGAUGCCCAUGGGAACUGUCCCCACUAAGACCCUGAAGCAGCAGCGUCGUCUUCACCUUUUCAAGUUCGAGAAAUGUGGGUGUUUUCAAAAGCUAGGGGUUUUUGUUUUGUUUUGUUGUUUUGUUUUGUUUUUGCAUUCUCUUUGUGUUGUGCAAAGGUUCAAACUUGGCCUUGGGUAUGCAAACCUUAUCAGCGGGACCCUCACUGUACCCCCUGACACCCAAGCUUCGGGAAUGAGCGCUGACCCAGUUGCCUCUCCCCCAGAAAAACCGAAGGUGUAUCAAGGUGUCCGGGUGAAGAUGACCGUGAAAGAACUCCUACAACAAAGAAGAGCACACCAGGCCACCUCGGGGGCAACUCUGUCAGGAAGCAACAGUAUCCACCUUCCAGACUCCAGCACGCCAUCCUCUGCAGGACUAUAUUUUGAACCCGAACCGAUGUCUUCCACACCCAGCUAUUUUCAACCCCGAGAAUUUUCCACCUGUGUCUCUUGUGAGGAAAGUCCAAGCUGCCUCGACCAGAUCUUUGAAUCCUACCUUCAGACAGAGACACUCACAGGGCCUUUGCUCAACUCCACGCAAAGUGCUCCCCACUAUUUCCCAGACAGCUGUCAAGCGGCCCCUUUCUGCUAUAACCAGAGCCUGACUCCAGAAUCGCCUUCGGAUUCCUCCAGUCUCUCUGGCUCCUUUGACUGCAACUACUCACCAGCUCAGCUGCCUUCCUACACUCCAGAGAAUUACUCAUCUCCGCCUUCUCUGGAUUCCCUAAACCACAGCCUCCCAGAGGAAGGCUACCCUUACCACCACCAUUGGCCUUCCCACACCCAGUACAACCACUUCUCCCCGGCCACCCCCUCCGUCUGCUACUGUGCAUCCUGUGAAGCCGAGCAUCUGGAUGCUUUCAGAACCACAGAGUUCUUCUCCUACUCCAGCACAGACUAUGUGGACUUUGCCCCCUCGGCCGCCGCCGCCGUCGCCGCCGCUGCCACCACCACCAGCGAUUUCUAUAAGAGGGAAACAAGCUGUGAUGCCUGCUACAGUUAGUAAAAAACCACACUGGAACGUGUCGUGGGUAUAUCUGUUUCUCUACCGCAUCUAGAUGACACUAACAUUCAACCCAUUCACAAAACAUCCCACAUAUGGUUUACAUCUCACAGUUUUAAACCUCCUGACACUAGUGUAGGAAUCGAUAUGAAGCCCUCAAACCUACCUGGUCUUGUGCCACCCUCAUUUUACACACUCACUGUUAAAAAUGUUUGUGUGGAAUUCCCCCCAUGCCUUGCUUCUCAGUGUAACGAACAAACUCUUUUGUAAACUAAUAAAUAACUUUGUAUAAUA